AGCGUGUAAUUUUAUAAGUUAACCACCGAAAAUAAUCAUUCUUAAUUAAAACAAGCUAUAUUUAUGUUUAUUAGACAUUAUGAUAUAUAACCAAGUAAAGAGAAAUUAUUCUAAUUGGCAAUUUGUAACCCAUUAAUAUAAGGAAUUUUACGAAUGAAUAAAUUAACAAAUUAGAUGUUUAUUUUGAAAUGAGAUGUGUGUUAAUGAAACAGAUGAAUGACGUUGACCACGCGUCAAUAAGAUUAAAUAACCUUACUGUGUGUAUAUAUAUAUAUAUAUGUUAAUUUUGAACAGUUAUAAGUAAUAAUUCUCGUUAAUAUUAUUUAUGAGAUUCGAUAAGAUUUAACGAGGUGUCAAUAAAAGAUUAUCAGAUUAAAAUAAAAUAUUACCACUGAUAUUAUGUGCUUUAUUUAAACAACCGAAAAUAAACAGGAAACAAUCAAACCUUAAAAUUUGGCGAGUAUUAGGAAUAUUACUGAAGAACAUAAGCUUUAUCCAAACUUUGAUUCAAAUAAUUUAAUAAGAGAUUUAAAACAUGAAAAUUAAAAAAUUGAUUAGUGUUUUGUGUAACAAACAUAUUCAUUUUUAAGAGGCCACAGUUGCUUGCUUUAGUGUGAAUCGUAUACAAAUUCAUGAAGUAGUAGUGAUUUCGACGUUGUUGGCAUACUACUCAUCUACAUGCUGUUCAUUGUGAAAUGGGUACCAUAUAUUUUUAUUUUAUUUUCAUAACUAAGCAAAAUUAAAUAUGAAACAAAGCAAGAUUCUUUUACUUUUGAAGCUCUUAAUGUGUGCACUUUUGAUAAAUGUCCACAUAUUUAUCACUAGCUCUGCUCUAACAUAUUCUUCAAUAAUUUUGGCGCAAUUAAAAGAUCCUUUGUCAGAUAUCCAUAUCAAUAAUGAACAAGCAUCAUGGAUUGCUAGUGUACCAAAUAUGGUGUGUCCAAUUGGUAUAAUAACUACUGGGAUGGUGACCGAUAAAUUUGGAAGAAAAAAAAUUUUGCAAAUAUCUUAUCUACCAAUAAUUUUAGGCUGGUCUUUACUGGUAUAUGCCAAGAGUUUUCACUACAUUUUAAUUGCAAGAACCGUACUUGGACUUUCGUAUGGUUGUGGUAUGCUAGUUUGUAUUUAUGCGGCUGAGAUUUGUCCUACAACUUACAGACCAAUGUUUUUAGCAUUAAGUAACCUUAUCAGUGGAUUGAGUAUGUUUAUCGCAUCAGCAUUAGGUAAGUACUUCAAUUGGAGAAUUAUAGCGGCAAUUUAUGGCGUAAUCAGUCUAUGUGGUUCGAUCGCUCUAUUUGCUAUACCAGAACCACCUCUAUGGCUUAGAUCUCGUGGUCGAAACGAUGAGGCCAAUCGGGCAGAACAGUGGCUUGGCGUAGAAUCUACGUCGAUAAAGGAGGACGUUGAGAUAACAACCAACCCACCUGUUGAACCCUCUAAAGUAUGGGCAUUGUCCACAUAUACUGCACCCAAUGUAUGGAAGCCAACCGUUCAUAUAAUAAUCUUAACGCUAUUGCAACAGUACUCCGGUAUUCACGUUUUGUUGUCGUAUUCAUCAGACGUAUUACGCGGUUUUGGAAUUAAAACGGAUUGGAUUACCAUUUCAAUGUAUCUUGCAUUUGCUCGAAUAAUUGGAAACUUAACAUACUUUUUUCUAUCCAAAGUUAAACGAAGAAUACUGACCAUUAUAUCGGGUUUGGGUACGUUCUCUGCAUUGUCAGCAAUAACUGUUUAUAUGUAUGCUCCUGAAAAUAUAAAAGAAUCCGUGCAUGAUAAUUGGCUUAUUGUUGCGUUGUUUAUAUUCGUUUUUUUUAACAUGUUAGCAAUAAUGCCUAUACCUUGGAGUAUCGCUGGUGAAUUAUAUCCUAUGCAUGUCAAAGGUAUAAUCAAUGCAGCUGUACAAUCUGUUAAAUACGAGCUACUUUUUGUUGCUAUAAAAAUAUAUCCAAUGAUGGUGUCAAAUGUAGGAAUUAAAACUGUUUGGACAUUUUAUACCACUGUAUGUUUAUUAGCUGCAUUUUACGGAUGGAUAUUCAUGCCGGAGACUACAGGAAAAACAUUGAAUGAAAUAACAGCAAGUUUUGAUCCAAAGAAAAAAACAGUCAAAAUUGAACCAUUUAUUGAUUAUAUAAAAUAAAAAAUUUUAAGUUUAAUUCAUUUUAUUUCAAGAAUAACAUUAAUGUAGCCAUGUUCUAUUAAUUCAAAUGAGCUCGUUGCAAAGCAUUGAAAGUAUUAUUAUUUAAAUUAUUUAAUAGUAGUAUACUUAUUUACUAAAUCAUAAACACGGCUAUCGAUAUAAAAAAAGUACAAAUAUAUAAAUUGAAAAAAUGUCUAAUAAUACGUUAAGAAAAUAUGGAUCCAACCGAUUAAAAAAGAAUGAGAUAAAAAUGUUUUAUUACAAAAAUUCAUUGAUCAUUUAUUCUUAUAGAUUUUUAUGUCAAAUAUUUUAUUUCUAAAUAAUAUUUUGAAAUUCUUAAUAAAUUUUAAGUUAUUGAUUAUAUUACUCUUAAACUAAUACCUCAAUUACCUAAUAUAAAACAUAGUAAACAGGGGUAAAAGUUCAAUAUUGAAAUAAAUAAUUUAAUUGUAUAGUUAUAAGUCAAUACUUGAUGAAUAUUUCAUCAUAGACUAUUUUUACAUGUGUUUUUGUUACUG